GGGGUGCGCACCAGGCCGCGGAAGAGGCGACGCGCGCGCGCCCAGCCCCUGCGCAGGCCCGCGCGCGCGCGGCGUCGGACGCACCCUCCGCGGUCGCCGCGGGCGCGAUGGCGGCGGCGGAGCCCGCGCCCGCGGAGGCGCACAUCCGCGUGGCCGUGCGCGUGCGGCCGGUUCCGCCCGAGGACGACAGCAUCAUCGAGGUCGCCGGCAGCGUGGCGAUCGCCGUCCGCCGGGAGGCGGCCACCGGCGGCAACGAGUUCCUGUCCUCCCAGCAGGGUCGCACCGAGGAGCGGACGUUCGACCGCGUCUUUGGGACGGAGUCCACCCAGGAGGAGGUGUACUCGUGGUCCUGCUCGCCCCUCGUCUGCUCCGCCGUGCAGGAGGGCCGCAGCGCCACCGUGUUCGUGUAUGGGGCCACCGGCGCCGGGAAGACCCACACGAUGUUCGGCGAGCGGGACGAGGCCCGCCAGGGCCUCAUCUACCGUGCCGUGCGCGAGGUCUUCUCCGUCGUGGCUCAGCGCAGGGCAUCCGGGAAGGACCGGUGGCCCCUCGAGGUGAAGGCGGCCACACGAGCGACGCGCGCGGCAGAUCUCAACGGAGGAGGACCCGACAAGACUGAGGAGGUGGCGUUCCUGGACAUCUACAACGAGUCGGUGCGCGACCUGCUCGCCGCGGACGGGGGCACCUGCAAGGUGCUGGAGGACGCUCGCGGGGGGUUCGUGAAGGUGCAGGGCCUGCGCGAGGUGCCGGUGGAGUCCGCCGAGGAUGCGCUGAGGCACUUGAGGGCGGGCUUGCAGAACAGGAAGGUGGAGGCCACCGCCGCCAACGCCCGCUCCUCCCGCUCGCACGCCGUCUUCUCGCUGACGCUCGAGCACGUGGCCACGACCCGAGGGCACGGGGACCCCAUCUUCCAGCGGCAGGGCAAGGAGGUCCGGACGCUCCACUCACGGAUCUGCCUCAUCGACCUAGCGGGCUCCGAGCGGGCGACGCAGACGCAGAACACAGGUCAGGCGCUCAAAGACGGGGCCAAGAUCAAUCAGUCGCUCCUGGCGCUGGCCAACUGCAUCGAUGCUCUGACGAAUCACGGCACCGAGAAAGGGGGCGGCUCGGCGCGCAAGAAGCCGCCGUACCGGGACUCCAAGCUGACGCUGCUCCUCAAAGGCUCGCUCACGUCUGAUUGCCUGGUGUCCAUGAUCGCCAACGUGCACCCAGGCCGCGACCACUUCGAGGACUCCAACAACACCCUCGAGUACGCGAAGCGGGCGUCUCUGGUGAAGGCGCCCGUGCUCGUCCGCCCCACCAGGGCGGCCUCGCUGCCCGGCUUCUGCCCGCCCUCGGAGUCCCCGCGCUCUGCCCGCAGGUCCUCGGUGGGCGGCAGCAGCUUCUGCUCGGAGCCGUCCCCGGACGGCCAGACGCCGCUCGCGACGGUGCGGCCCGAGGACUUCUCGGCAAGCUGCAAGCCCCAGCUCUGGAAGGGCGCUUCCUCCAAGGAGGCCGCAGCUCCGCCUCGAGACCGCGGUGCGCUCGCUGGAGGUAGCAGGC